UUUGUCAUUGCCAACUUUCGUUCCGUUCCUACUAAUACUGAAGUUAAGCCGUACGAAACAUAGGCCAGCCAACACCACACAAAAUUACCGUAAAUUGUAGAGGGCUCUUGUGAACUGGAUCUUUAAAUUUUCUGAAAAUAUUAUACAGUUUAGUAGCAUAUGUAGUAAGACACUCCACAGAAGGAGGACAUUUAAACAACAGCUUACGAGCGUGAUACAAUACGAAAUUCAAACGAACAUUCAAUGCUGCAGCAAGAGUCAUUUGUUUGCACAACCAUAUCUUCGUCCCCUCAUUAUCUUUGCAGUAAAUUUCACCUUGGAAACUGCACCAUGCGUGAUGUGCCGUAUUUGUUAUGAAGAGUGCGAAAUACAGCGAAUAUCAAUAGCACCAUACUGGCAGUUUAACGGAAAGAGAUUCGAAAGCUCUUACAUGCAAGACUCGCGAACAAGAAUGGAACUGUUCUCUGUCAACAAAGAAGACUGAUUCUCUACGUCCCUUGCGUAUUUGAAAGGGCAGAGCGAUGUUUCCACACCUGCCGAUACUGGGGCCGCUACUGUUUCUGCUACUGAUGCCGGCCCUGUGGGUUACAACUCGUCACUGGACGUGGAGAGCGCGGCCGCCAUGCAGGAGUCGACGUCCUCUGAGGAGGAGGGGGAGCACCGCAGGCCGCAGGUGAAGCUGCCGCCGCCGCCCCCCAGGGGCAUCCUCAAGAAGACCAGCUCCACCGAGGCUGGCGCGCCGUCGCAGCCCAAGGCGCCGCCGGAGGCAGAAAAGAAAAAGAAGAAGAAAAAGAAGGAAAUGGAGCGCAAGAAGAGCGCCAGGUUCGACGAGAUGAACAUCAUCGCGACGCUGCACCCGACCGACAAGGACUACGGCCACGACGCCAUAGACGAGCCGAAGACGCCCUUCAACUGGGAGCUGGGCGAGGGGACCUCCGCCACCGCCGAGUCGGUGAGCGCCUGCGACCUGGCGUCGAAGCUGCUGUCGCUGAGCUCGACGAUGCCGACGGUGGUGGAGAACCCGGCAGUGACGAACCACAGCAGCUCCAACACGUCGCUGGCCGAGGACCUGUCGGACGUGGACGAAGAGCGGCUGACGGAAGAUGAAAAGAAGAAGAAGCUGGAGUUCGAGCUGCGCAGGAAGGCGCACUACGACGAAUUCAAGGUCGUCAAGAAGAUGCCGCCUCCCGAGGAGAGCGACGUGGAGGGCGACGACGACGACUCCAAGAAGAAGCGGAAGAAGGGCAAGUAGGGAGACAGCGGGGAGACUGGCCACUUGCGUGCGCGGGGCAGUGUAAGCCAGGCCCUGGGCGUGGGCGCGCUCCUUCUCCUGUUGUCACUGCUACAGGCUGCAUUUAUUGUGAGUGCGUGGUUUCAUCUAUUGUGAGACACAGACGAAUGUGUCUGCAGGAACUUACCUGUCCACUGCACCUUUUACAUACUGACUGCUAUACAGUGUUUGCAGCAGUGGAAUGAUUUUUUUAUAAACUUUCAUUACUUGUGCCGUGCUUCGGCAGAGUUUCUUUACUUCUCAUUCAGACUGUGCUCCUUGCAGUGGUGGGAGACAUAUUGCUUUCCCUCUAACUUUACUGUAUUGCAGUUUAGCAAUUUUUCCUUUCAAAAAAUCACAGUCAAUAAAAAUGCAUACUUCCACAUACCUGUUUCAGCAGUUAACUGAAUGAUAUCUUGAUAUGACGUGGAAUAUGUCAAAUAAUAUAUUUCUGUAUAAUAAAAGCGGCUCUGUGUUGCUCAAUUA